CAAAAAGGAAUCAGUGGAGAUCGUGGAAGAGAGGGGGCCAGGCAAUGAUCAUAUAGCCAUGGCUGACAAGAGCGUCAUUGUAAUCAGCGACGAUGAAACAGACACGGAGACUGAGCCCCCGGGAGCCAAUUGCAAAGACUCGUCUGUCCUGUUAUUGGAAGACAAUUCUGACUUUGACUGCUCUCGCUUAGAUGAAAACAGAUCGGAUGAAAUGGUUGAUGCCGAGUUUGGACUGUCUAUCACUUACUCCAAGAAAGCGGAUGUGAUGCCCCAUGCCAGAUAUGACUGCACGAGCCACGUUUUCAGUCAAUCAGAGAAUCAGACAAGCAGCCCCGUGGGAACAAACAGUGCUUUCUGUGAGCAGUGUUACUGCUACAUCUGUGACAAACUGGCUUCCGAGUGCCAGUCCUGGGUUACCCCUGCUUUUUGCCACUGCAAUGCUCACAAAAGAAGCCCGUUCUGGAAAUCGUGGCGAGAUCAAGCUUUGAUCGGAUCCCUUAUUGUGUUUAAGUUUGACCUGCUAGAGAUAGAUGCAGACCUUCGGCACGCUGAAAGCCUCUUGGUGAAGUUUGAUGCAGAUUUAACCACUGAGCAUGAUAAGUUCAUGAUGGGGACCAUAUCCACACUUGCAGCCAUUUAUUCUUGCUCCUGUUUUUGUCACAACCAGUACCAAACUAUGGUCAACUGCAAGAGGUGCAGUUCAAAACAUGAAGAUAUAUUGAUAUACAAGUGAGUCAUUUUCUCUCUUACCUGAUAU